AUGAAGUCCUCAAGAUUUCUAAGAGGGUGCCUUAACAAGUGCAAGAAAAUGGGGAGUGAAGUCAUAACUUGUGCUGCUUGUAAGUAUUGUUGUGAAUGGGCUUUGUGGUCUUCUUUGCAUAAAAGUUGUUCCAUUCCAAGCGAUGUUCCAAAGGGUCACUUGGUUGUCUAUGUAGGUGAAAACCGCAAGAGAUUUGUGAUAAAGAUUACAUUGCUCCAUCAUCCACUAUUCAGGGCCUUGCUGGAUCAAGCUCAGGAAGAAUAUGAUUUCAUUGCAGAUUCAAAACUCUGUAUUCCUUGUGAUGAGCAUAUCUUCCUCAGUAUCCUUCGCUGUGCAAGCUCUUCAAAGAACCAACGAUUGUGUCAGUGA